AUGGAAGUGCCAAUGCUAUUCUUUCCGCAUGAUAUUAUAGAGCAAACCCUUCUCAAACUGCCCACAAAAUCUCUCUUGCGGUUCAAGUGUGUUCGCAAAUCUUGGCCUGACUUAAUCUCAACUCACAAGUUUGCUAUAAAACAUCUCACUGAAACAUCUGAAAGGUUCCGCAGAUUUGGAGUCUUCAAAUCAGGAAACUUAAGGGAAGGUUGUAUUUCUGUAUACAGUCUUGCUGCUCAAGCCGCAUCGCAUACUGAAGAAGCUGAAGAAGAGACAAUUUGUCUUCCCUUAUGGGGAGAAGAUUGUUGUCUGGCUCCUGCAGCUAAUGAAUACAUUAUCAACAGAUUCAUCUACACAAGAGUAUUGGGGUCUUGUAAUGAGAGUGAUUUGGUAUGUGGUUAUGUUUAUAAUCUCAAGACAAAUUCAUGGAAACGACUUCAAAAUUUGUACUUCCCUUACAAGCAUGGGAGGCAAUUUGACUUUGAUGACCAGAGAGAUUUUUACUUACCUGAUGAAAGAGCAACAACACUUGUGACUGGAGCUCCACAUUGGGUAACAUAUAGCUUAAUCGGAGGUGGGGUUAACAAAAUCAUUUACUUCGAUUUAGAAGAGGAGAAAUUCAAGGAGUUUCUAUCUCGUCUUCAUUCCGCUGGCACUCUCAAGACUUAUUUAAGUAAUUAUGAAGAUUGCCUUUGUGAAAUUCGACUUCGAUGGGAAAAACGUAUUAUUGAUUAUACGUUAGAGGUUUGGAUUAUGAAGGAAUAUGGGGUGAAUGAUUCACGGAUUAAAUUGUUGAACUUGCCAUUUGAUUUGAGGUUUUCUUUAAUGAGUGACAUAAGACCGUUGUUUCAAAGAAUGGUGAUGAAGUGGUCAUGGUUACAGAUUGGAGUGACAUGA